CCCGGACGGGGAGGGGAGGUGCGGAGCCCCGGUCCGAUCCGGCCCGGUUUACCGGCCCGGUUUACCGGUCCGGUAUGCGCCGAAGCGUUUGGGGAACAUGGCCCGACGGAGCCCGCCGCGCAACGGUGUCGGCGGUCACGACUUCGACGCUAAGAAGAAAAGGAAAGUGGCGGAGAUCUACCAGGCUCUGAGCAGUGACCCCAUCGACGUGGCGGCGCUGCGGCGCAUGGCCAUCAGCGAGGGCGGGCUGCUCACCGACGAGAUCCGCUGCAAGGUGUGGCCAAAGCUGCUCAGCGUCAACACCGACGACCUCCCCCCGCUCCCAGACUUCGACGCUAAGAAGAAAAGGAAAGUGGCGGAGAUCUACCAGGCUCUGAGCAGUGACCCCAUCGACGUGGCGGCGCUGCGGCGCAUGGCCAUCAGCGAGGGCGGGCUGCUCACCGACGAGAUCCGCUGCAAGGUGUGGCCAAAGCUGCUCAGCGUCAACACCGACGACCUCCCCCCGCUCCCAGCAAGGAAGGAGCUGCGGGAGGACAGCAAGGACUACCAGCAGGUGCUGCUGGACGUGCGGCGAUCCCUGCGCCGCUUCCCGCCAGGUAUGCCAGAUGACCAGAGGGAGGGUCUGCAGGAGGAGCUCAUCGACAUCAUCCUCCACGUCCUGCAGCGCAACCCCCAGCUGCACUACUACCAGGGCUACCAUGACAUCGUGGUCACCUUCCUGCUGGUGGUGGGGGACAGGCUGGCCACUGCUCUAGUGGAAAAGCUCUCCACACAUCAUCUCAGGGAUUUUAUGGAGCCGACGAUGGACAACACCAAGCACAUCUUAAAUUACCUGAUGCCCAUCAUAGACCAGGUGAACCCUGAGGUGCACGACUUCAUGCAGAGCGCGGAGGUGGGCACCAUCUUUGCCCUCAGCUGGCUCAUCACCUGGUUCGGGCACGUGCUGUCCGACCUCAGGCACGUGGUGCGAUUGUACGACUUCUUCCUGGCCUGCCACCCGCUGAUGCCCGUCUACUUCGCUGCUGUGAUUGUGCUGUACCGGCAUCAGGAAGUCCUGGACUGUGAAUGUGACAUGGCCUCUGUCCACCACCUCCUGUCCCAGAUCCCCCAGGACCUUCCCUAUGAGACUCUGAUCAGCAGAGCUGGAGACCUGUUUGUCCAGUUCCCACCAUCUGAGCUGGCCAGGGAGGCAGCCCAGCAGGCGGAGCGAACUGCGGCUUCCACGUUCAAGGACUUCGAGCUGGCGUCAGUGCAGCAGAGACCGGACACUGUGUUGAGGCAGCGCUUCAGGGAGCGGCUGCGGGAGCGGCUGCGGGGGGAGGAGAGGACAGAAACCAUCCUGGCCAGGCCCAGGGCCAAUCGCUUCGUCAAGCUGGCAGUGAUGGGGCUGACGGUGGCCCUGGGGGCGGCCGCCCUGGCCGUGGUCAAGAGCGCCCUGGAGUGGGCACCCAAGUUCGAACUGCAGAUCUUCCCCUGAGGGAGCCGCAGGAAGAGGCCCUCCCUGCCAGCUCCUCCUGCCCGCUGGGAAGGGCUGCUGGAAGGACACAGCCAGAAGCCACCUGGCCCUCCCUGCCAGCUCCUCCUGCCCGCUGGGAAGGGCUGCUGGAAGGACACAGCCAGAAGCCACCUGGCCCUCCCUGCCAGCUCCUCCUGCCCGCUGGGAAGGGCUGCUGGAAGGACACAGCCAGAAGCCACCUGGCUGCAGAUGAGCCUUUUGUCCU